UAGAAAAAUUAAUCAGGUGUAGUGGGAUGCGUCUGUAGUCCCAGCUGCUCAAAAGAAUAUGGUGGGAGGAUCCCUUGAGCCCUUGCAGUGAGCUGUGAUUAUACCACUGGACGACAGAGGUCUCAAAAGUUCAACCCAAGUUAGAAAAUCAGUUUAAAUGUGUAAUACACCAAAGAAAUAACUGCUUGUUCUGUCAUAUUUAAAUAUUCAUAGUCUAGAAUGCUAAGUUUAGUGUUCCAAUUCAUUAUUCUGUAAAUGGAGGCUCAAAGAGGCCACUUGGUUAGGUUUCCUGGGGCUUUGCCCAUUCUCCCCUAGUUAUGCUCUCAGGUGUGACCCUUGUAUAUUCUUAAUUCAGAAGAUGGAUUCAAACUUUGUGCCUCCACCUCUAAUGUUUUGUUUUAAAAAUUACUCCUUUUAUCAGCUUUAUAUUCAAGCCAGUAUAUUUACUGACUACAGUGUUUUGACUUAAAUUCUUUCAUAAAUAAUUGAAUAGCCGGAGAAAUUUUGCAGUAUCGCAGUCAUGUUUUGAAAAGAUUGCUCUUGGUUCUUGUCUCUAAUCUUUGAGAAAGCACACAGGAUAUAGUGUGUUGGCUUUCAGAUCACUAAUAAGACCAGAUUUCUGUGGCCCCGUUUGUCGGUUUAAGGGAUCCUGUGGGGCCCACACGAGAUAUUUCACCAGCUGUACUAUCUCUAAAUUCCAACAUACACGGGUGGUCCUGCCGUGGAUAAAACUCAGGAAGCAAAAACAACCUUCGGGAGAGGUGAGGUAGGAAGUCAUAGCAUUCCCGACGGUCCAAUGCAAAUGGCUCCUGGUCUAGACCCCGCCUGUACCACAGCCUGGACAGGUUGAGGUUUUAACCCCUCUCUGGCAAACUCGGGCGCAGCCAGGCCCCGCCCAGAGAUUUCCGGGGCACGCCCCGGAAGUCUUGAGAGGGACUUCCUCCCUGCGGCGAGGCCUCGGAGCUGGCGCUGCUCACAGAAGUGUUCUUGAAGACUCUUCAAUUACAGGAAAAGCCGCUUGACUGCAUCUUUAGAGGAGUUGGUUUCGCUGGUUCCAAGGAUUCUGUUAAUGAGAAAACUCCACAGGCCAGCAUUCUGUAAGCUGGCUCCAGCAGUCCAGUUGACAGUGGCUGAGGCCAGUUCCUGAUCAUCCUAUCUGAGGAACACCAGGUGCCUGACCUCGGAAAAUUUAUUUGCUUCUCAGUUUUUAUAUAUAUGCGAGGAGGACUUGAAUGUCUGCCCUGUAGGAUUAAAUGAGAUAAAAAGCAUAAAAUGCCUUCUUGGGAGUAAGGGAUCCUUUCUUCACACGGUCCAUUCUGGCCAGCUCACAAACCACUGAGAGGGAAGCCUCCAGGAUCCUAGAGUAGAUGACCAGAUGCCCAGGCGCGCGAUCUGUGGAAGUGAAAGUCAAGCUUUCUAGGCCAACAGCUGUCCUCAGUCGCUUGGUCAGAUAGUCUAAUCGCAGUUUUUCAGGUGAGUUCCCUCGUGACUUUGUUCUAGGGUUUUGCAUAUGUCCUGGGGUGGACACCCUCGGAGGAUGGGAGAAACUAUGUACUGCGCCAGGUCGCCUCAGGCCUGCCUUUUCCCUCCAUCCUUCCCCACCCCUCCCCUCUUCCACCCACUUUCUCACACUCCUCCUCUUUUCUCUUUCCUCCCUUUUCCUCCCUCUCCAUCAUCCUCCCUCUUAUAUUUCUUUCCCUUCACUACCCCAUCUCCUGCCUGGCCCUUCUGCACUGGCAGAGUAGACCCUCAGAAACCCUGGGAGAAUGGAUGGCUGGGGCAGGCUGAUGUCUUGAGUCCUGUCCUUGGCUGUCUCUGAGGCUCUUAAAACUCCUAGAGGAGUGACUCCGACUUGCUUUUCUGACAGGGCUAAAUUUGCGAGAGUGGGGUGCAGGUAUGGAGACCUUAUUUUCUGUUGGUCUGGAUCCUCAGUUCUGCUUUGUGUUGGUUUUUGUUGUUAAUGUUGUUGUUUGUUUGUUUUGUAGAAUAUCAUUCAAUUGGGAUUUAUCUGUUUUUGUCAUUAUUAUACUGAGGUUAUACAUUCUGGGGAGGAAGGCCCCAAAGUUGAAGUGCCAUUCUCAUCAAGGGUGCAUACUGUUAACUUAUAACUGUCGAGACAUAAAACAAUUUGUAAGGUGGAAAAAAGCAGAGAGGGGUAAUUAGUGUAAUUUGAGUUGGAAGCAAAAAUUUUAUCAAGUUUGGACACAAAACUGGGUUUGUUCCCAAGAAAGUAGCAGCCAUCCAUUUUCUUUGGAGAGGUAAAGGGUUUAUUCUGUCACAAUUCCAGCAGAGACAAAGCAUCCCUGUUGCUGAGAUACAGUUUAUCAUAGCAACAACAGCUGCAGAAGUGGUAGUGGCAUAGCAAUGAACAGAGCUUUUUUGGUCCCCAUGUCUCUCUUCCAUCUCAAGUAGUAUGGACUCCUGUGGGUGGUAAAACAUACCUGUUAAUGGUGUUAUUUUCAUUUUUCCAAACUUCUUAUCAGUUGAAUUUGUUUCUAUUGCCAUUUCUAUUCCCAUACUCCUUCAUCUGCUCUAUCUGCAAAUCUCUUGAGUUUCUGUCUUGUUUUCCAAUUUAAUUAAAUAUGAUUUGCCUUUAAAAGUAGGAACUAUAUAUUAUUUUUAUAUUUAUUUAUAUUCCAGGUUGUAUGUGUAUGUUUUAGAUGCCUUUAUAGAGGAUAUUUUAUUUAUUCAUAUAUAUUUUUUGAGACAGGGUCUUGCUCUGUUGCCCAGGUUGGAGUGUAGUGGCGUGAUCACAGCUCACUGCAGCCUCAAUCUCCCAGACUCAAGUGAUCCUUCUGCCUUUGCCUCCCAAGUAGCUGAGAUGAUAGGCGUGUGCCAUGAAGAUAUAUUUAAAUAGCCAUUUGAGUCAGAUAUUCAUUCCAGCAGUUCUUUGAUGUUACUGAGACAUGAUACAGGCUGAAUGAAAACAUUUUAUGUGAGUGCCAUAUGAUUGGCGUGUCCUGGGAUUACUGAACGUGUUUGAGAGCUCUAGUCUGUAUCAUAUUAUAUUGCUUUAGCAACAGGAAUAAAGCACAUUUCAAAGGUCUGUUUAUUAUUUUAGGAUUCAAGGCCAGAGGUGUGAACAAGGUGUCAACUCUGAAGGGCUGAAGGGAAGGUUUUUCUAAUGAUGGACCCACACCAGAAGGUCCCUAGCAUAUAUAAUGGGGAUACUUUACAGACUCCUGAGUAUGAAAAAGUCUCUCAGUAUGAGGACCAGUUAGAAAGGCAUGAGGGUAGGCGCAUGGAAGAAAGACGGUAUAAAUGCAAUGAAUGUGGAAAGAAGUUUGCCCAGAGCUCAGGCCUUGUUCGACAUCAGAGAAUCCACACUGGAGAGAAACCCUAUGAGUGUGAUCACUGUGGAAAAGCCUUUAGCGUGCGCUCAACCCUUACUGUGCAUGAAAGAAUCCACACUGGUGAGAAGCCUUAUACUUGUAAUGAGUGUAAGAAAGCCUUCAGUGUAAGGGCACACCUGAUUAUACAUCAGAGAAUCCACAAUGGAGAGAAACCCUAUGAAUGUAAUGAGUGUGGCAAAGCAUUUAGUGUGAGCUCAGACCUUAUAAAACACCAGAGAAUCCAUACUGGUGAGAAACCUUAUGAGUGUGAUGAGUGUGGAAAAGCUUUCAGUGUGAGCUCAGCCCUCAUCAAGCAUCAGAGAAUCCAUACAGGAGAAAAGCCGUAUGAGUGUAAGGAAUGUGGGAAGGCCUUCUAUGUGAACUCAGCACUUAUUAAUCACCAGAGGAUUCACUCUGGAGAAAAGCCCUAUGAGUGUGGAGAGUGUGGAAAAGCGUUCAGCCAGAUCUCAACCCUUAUUCAUCACCAGAGAAUCCAUACUGGAGAGAAACCAUAUGAGUGUGAAGAGUGUGGGAAAGCUUUCCGUGGGAGUUCUAAUCUUACUAAACACCAGAAAAUACAUGCCAAAGGAAAGUGUCAUCAGUGAUUUAUGUGGCAAAUAUAUUCCCAAGGGCUUUUGUUACAUCAGAAGAUACCAUCGAAAGAAGAGUAUGGUUAAAGUUAAUCCCUUAAUUGACACUUCAUCCUUGAAAUACUGAAGUGAGAAAUCACUGAAAAGUAACUCCAUCAGCAUUGUUUCUAAGGCUCUAAAAUCACAUCUACUUCUGAGAAUGUAAUUUUGCAACUCAUAAGAAUGGAGGUUUACAGACAGAGUCAUCUGGGUGGAGGACACCCUUUUGGGAUCAGCACUGAAUGUGAUGCCAUAUCCCACUCCAAACCAGCACAACUAUAAAUACUAAGCAAACAGGAAAAUAAACCCAAAGAAAGCUGAAGGAAGAAAGUACUAAAGAUAAGAGCAGAAAUCAAUGAAAAAGCAAACAUAUAUCCUUACUUAGAGCCUUCAUAUAUAAAGAGUGUGUUUUAGGUAGGUUCUCUCUGUAGGCUACUCAUAUAUGUUACAUUAGAAUUCCCCUUUCUGUCUCCAGGAAAAAGGUGCUAAUUGCAUAAUCAACCUGUUCUUUCAGAUGGUGACUCCUGGCCUUAAACAGGAGUCUGUUUCAAAGCAAGACUUUUCCAGAGGAAGUCCAACACAGAGUGAUGCCCAGGGGACUAAAUAGAAACAUUAGGGACCCAACACUGAACAAGUUCAUGGGCUUCUGAAUAGUUUUCCCAAGUGAGGGGAGAUCCCCUUUGAAGAAGCACAACAGACAUUGCCUAAAGCUAAGGAGAGUAUCACUGAUAAAGGAACCUGAGACACCUGGGAGAAUUUGCUCUGAAAUUCAGUCCUGCCAAUGCUCUGAGAGUGGGAAACCCUCCUUUCAGUUUGCACAUGAUUUUCAACCUCAGCAACUGUAAUAAAACAAGCAGGCUCUCAAUGUAAAGUUAGUGGGAAAGUCAUUUUUCUGAAAAUAUCCCUCCCUAUUUAAAAAAGCCUUAAUACACCAGCAGCCCUGACUUGAACACCAGCAUGUCCAAACUGGAGGAAAGCCCUAUGUUUAUCCUCAACAUGGAAAGACCUUCAGUGUAAAUCCAAGUUCCAUGAAACAACAGAGAAGCUCUCCUGGAGAGGGCUUGCAUGAGAGUAAAGAA